AUGUGCGAAGGGAUUGACAACCUGAAAUCCCUUUACGACCGUGCUGGGAAGACAUUCUCCAGCGAUCUUUCUGCGGCACAGGAUGUGCCGCAUCGUACUGCUCGACCAGACCCAGUACGUCAACCAUCAGUUGGGAGCGGGGCUCCCAAGUAUCCCAGGACGGGGGAUAGCUGCGCCACCGGACGAGAUAACUCGACCGACGUCCGUUCACGUGGUGGUGGUUCAACAGCUGCUCAACUAGAUAGCGCUGGCCACCGCGAGAGUCCUCUAAUGGAGGUGGAGGAGGAGGGAAGACGCUCUACGCUCAAUCGUGGGGAAGCGUGUGUUCCCGAGAGCUUCUUUGAUCGCGUAACGCAAGGGUUACGCGGCAAUCUCGAGCAUGAGCGGAAUAGGCGUCUCCAAAUGGCGGACACUGUCUUGAGGCAUCGAGCUGAGUUUGCCUUUGCUCAGCUUGAGAACGAGAGAGCUCUGACGUCUCUUCGUGACGAGCUAAGGGUAGCUCGUGGGAUUGCUGAUCGUUCUCGGGCUGAGAUAACUGCUCUUCAGACCCUUGUCGAUGCCCACCAUCGGGAGCACAAGGCUCUCUGCGAGAUGCUUGAGCGCAAGGGCGUUCUUCAUCGGAAGAAGCAGCGUACUGUUGGUACGGCUUAA